CGCUCAUCGCCGGCCUCUCUCUCUCUCUGCCUCUCUCUCUCUCUCUCCCUCUCUCCCCCUCCCUCUCUCAGACUCCCCCACAGUCGCUCUCUUUCUCGCCCUGUCCGCGUUCCGACGAGCACCAUCUCCUCUCCUUCCUCCUUUCCACCCGCGAUAGUCAUGUCUGCGAACGGCGCCGACGGGGACCUGCUGCGCAUCCCCCUGGGGCUCAUCAACAGCAACGGGAAGUAUCUGACGGCGGAGGCGUUCGGCUUCAAGAUCAACGCGUCCGCCAGCAGCCUGAAGAAGAAGCAGACCUGGACCCUGGAGCAGAGCGGGGACGACGGCAGCGUGGUCUUCUUCUGCUCCCACCUGGGCCGCUACCUCGCCACGGACAAAGACGGCAACGUCACCGCGGACAGCGAGACGCGCGGCCGCGACUGUCGCUUUGUGAUCGCCGUGCACGAGGACGGCCAGUGGUCGCUGCAGUCCGAGCCCCACGGCCGCUUCCUCGGCGGCACCGAGGACCGCAUCACCUGCUUCGCGCAGAGCGCCUCGCCGGCGGAGCGGUGGCGCGUGCACCUGGCCGUGCACCCGCAGGUCAACCUCUACAGCUUUGCGCGCAAACGCUUCGCGCACCUGAGCGCGCAGGAGGUGUCCAUUGACCGGGAUGUCCCGUGGGGCGUCGACUCCCUCGUGACGCUGGUGUACCGCGACCAGCGCUAUCACCUGGAGACGUCCGACAACCGCUUCCUUCGCAACGACGGAGGCCUGUCCACCAAAACGGACAAGGACACCGGCUACAUGCUGGAGUUCCUCUCGGGAAAAGUGGCCUUCCGCGACUGCAACGGCCGCUACCUGGCGCCCGUGGGCCCGUCCGGCACCAUGAAGUCCGGGAAGAGCGGCCGCGUGGGGAAGGACGAGCUGUUCGGCCUGGAGCGCAGCCACGCGCAGGUGGUGCUGACUGCGGGCAACGAGAGGAACGUGUCCACGAGGCAAGGCAUGGACCUGUCCGCUAACCAGGACGAAGAGGGCGACCAGGAGGUGUUCCAGCUGGAGAUGAGCCGCGAAGACCGCAAGUGUGCCUUCAGGACGGCCGCCGGCAAGUACUGGACCCUGACGGCCAGCGGGGGCCUCCAGUGCACCGCCUCCACCAAGGCCGCCAACAGCUUCUUCGAGCUGGAGUGGAGCGACGGCCGCGUGUGCGUGCGCGCCGCCAACGGCAAAUACGUGGUGGCCAAGAAGAACGGGCAGCUGGCGGCGACGGUGGACGCCGCAGGGGAGGCCGAGCAGUUCCUGAUGAAGCUGAUCAACCGUCCGCUCAUCGUGCUGCGCGGGGAGCACGGCUUCAUCGGCGCGCGCAAAGCUGGAGCGGCCACGCUGGACUCCAACCGGGCCUCCUACGACGUCUUCCAGCUGGAGUUCCACAGCGGAGCUUACGCGCUCAAAGACUCCCAGGGGAAGUACUGGUGCGUGGGGGACGGCGCGGCGGUGGCGUGCAGCAGCUCCACACCUGCCCAGUUCCUGCUGGAGUUCUGCGACGUCAACAAGGUGGCCAUUCGCGCGCUGGGGGGCAAGUACCUGAAGGGGGACCACGCCGGAGGGCUGAAGGCCAGCGCCGACUCGCUGGACAGCGCCACCCUCUGGGAAUACUGAGACGGCACGGACGCCGCUCGCCUCGCACAACGCUUCAAACUAUUGAUAAGAUAGCGGUUCGAUGUUUUGUUCUUAGCAUUAGCCUGUGCGCCUGUGUGUGUAGUUGUGAACUGGUUUGGAUGGAUGUGUGGUGGGAACUGAAGCUGAUCAACUGGAAGUUGUGGCACCAAAGCACCAAAAGCGUGUUUUUUCCUUGUUUUUUAAUCCCUCUCUGUUCUUACUGGGCCUUUUACCGCAUUUACAUCGACUUCCUGUUCAAUGAACAGCGUGGCUGCACAUUCCCCGUUCCACUUCCAGUCUAAUUUGCACAAACGGUUACUGUUUUUCGUGGGUCGUGCCUGUUCGUGGUGACUACUGGUGUAAUGAGCACAUAGAAUGCGAUAACUCAUAACGUACCUAAUCUCCUCCUGUUGAAUGUCCCGCUCUCUUUGCUCCGCUUCAAGCUAUCAAGACAGCACACGUCAGAUAAAGGGAUGUACCUGAUUUUAAUGUUUCCGCUGUAAAUAGUGCUUUUAUGUGGCUGAGUCCUUCAAAAAGGCAGUGACCAUGGUAACUUUGAAUGAAAAUAAGGAUGGGGACGGCCUGGCAGGUCGUUUUUGCCUGCGUGUUCUCAUCUUUCCUUCCUCCUCCUCUUCCUCCUCCUCCUCCUCUUCCUCCUUCUGGCAGACAACGUGAAUAAGGAUGUGAGGGUAAAGGUUUCACGUUCAGCCACUCAGCUGCUUUAACUUUGAGUUAAAGGCUAGAAGUGUAGGGGUAACAGAAGAUGCACAACAUGUACAUUUAUGCAGUGAAACAACACAUGAUACUGCGUGUGACAUGAAAUCUGCACAACGUGUCACCUGCAGGAAGAUGAAAGCACACGCGUUGUAAAGAAUCGUCUGCCUUAGUUUGACUGCUGCUGCCGCUGUGUUAACACAAUGCUAUAGUCAGCCGUGUGUCUGUGCCUUCCAUAGAGCGUUGCAGUCUUUCUUUCUCAUGUUCACAUAUUUGACCUGAGCCUGAACUGAUUCAAAUAUCAAUAAAGUUUCACUUUUCACUGGA